AUGCGCCAACUGUCCUGCGACGCCUCGCCGUGUGCCCUGGGUCCUGAGGACACCUUCGACGCAUACUCCAGCCGUGUCUUGGCCUCGUCCAUCGUCUGGUUCGAGCGUCUGGCCCAUCUUGCCCCCCUGAAACCUCCUGCUCCCGCCCCCGCCGCUGCUGCCACCGAGGGCAGUGAGAGUUCCACUCUGAAACACCGUCUGGCCUGGCACUCGACUGGGCGUGAUGACUGUGUCUACGGCAGACAACUGUGCUCGCCCAAGACCUUCAUGGGUGGAACGGAGUGGAGCCUUAAUUUAGCGGCUCAUCGACCUUUUGAGAUCACAGAUGCUGAUGUGGAUCCCAGUGGAUGCUUGGUUGUAACGGCUUCCCUUAGGGUUUGUACUGUUUUUUUUUCUCCCGAAACCAAAACUAAUCCCACUACCAUUACUUCUGCCAAUUUUUCCGCCACUACUUCUACUGCUAGUAAUGCUACUACUACUACUACUACUACUACUACUACUACUACUACUACUACUACUACUACUACCACCACUACUACUACUACCACUACUACUACUACUACUACUACUACUGCCACUACAAUUGCUGCUUGUACGACUAGUAGUUCUACCAUCACCACUAUUACUGUCACUACUAUUACUGCUUACAAUACUGAUAGUUCUACCACCACCACCACCACCACC